GUUGCGUCUGACCGCCAUCUUGAUCGCGUCGCAGCCAUGGACGAAUUGUCAGAAGUUGCCGAAUCAGCAGGGUCUUUGAACUACGCUGCGUCUAACGAGGUGACGCUGUCCGUCAUGAUUAGCAAUGCGGCCGCCACCCUGAAUCGCGCUUUUGUAAAUCGAGCGCGCGCGAUGGGAUUAUGCCCCAAGCCCACUUCGCUGCUGGGCAGGAUCUAUGCUUACUGGAACGGGCCCGCGCCAUGUACUAUCCGGGACGUCCUCGCAACAGUUCUGUGCAUUAUCGGCAAGAAGGUUGGCGUUGUGCUAUAUGGGCUUUGUCUCGUGCUAUACUGCCUGAUCUGUACCCCCUUCUACGUGGUGAUGCUGCUAUUCGAAGGCCUGAAGUACUGUGCAAAGUCUAAAUACGUGCAGAUUUUUCUUGGUAUCAUUGCGGCUUAUUUCCUGGCUCGCGCUGUGCUUCGCCUGCUCUGGAGGAUCAUAGUCGCUGCUGCCCGCUGCGCGCUGAUCAUUGGACUCGUCCUAAGUCCCGUCAUUGCGCUAGCUAUCCUCAAUCCAGCUGCUGCAACUGCUUCGGGAGCUGGAAUUGGAAAAAUCAUCGCCCAGGCUUCUCCGGAGCUUAUCGCGGCUGCUGUCGGUGUCGCUCUCACGCCUUUUCUGGGUCCUCUCGUACUAAGCGCUGCUGGAUUCACGUCCAGUGGUGUUGCCGCAGGUAGUAUGGCUGCAUGGGUGCACUCCAUGAUCGGCAAUGUCUUGGCGGGUUCUUUCUUCGCGGGCGCGCAGGCCGCAGGUGCCACAGGUGCUAUCCCUGCUAUUGGGCUGGCCAUUGCCGGGGGUGUUGGCGGUGUCACAGCCUUUGUAGCCGGCUUGUUCAGCUGAACAAUCUCUCUCGUUUGCUCCUUCCCUCAUGUACUUUCUGAUAUACGGCCCGCAAAUGUCAGGAGUUGUAUUAUAUACCACCAAGCUUAGGAGCCAUCUUGAUGAC